AGGUAACAGCUGGGCCCCGAAGGAACCGGAGGGAAGAAGAAGGCGCUGCAGGAAACUGCCUGGGUGGGGCUCGGCGGAGGGAAGGGGCUUCCGAAGACCCGGCGCGAGAAGAAAUCCUGUUGUGAAUAAUUGGAUGUUGAAAAACAAGUGUCAAUCAUGGCUGAGUUGUCACCUGAAGAAAUUCAACUGAAAGCCCAUCAAGUUACAGAUGAGUCUUUGGAAAGCACAAGGAGGAUCCUUGGCAUGGCUGUUGAGUCCCAAGAUGCUGGAAUCAAAACCAUUACCAUGUUAGAUGAACAAGGCGAAAAGUUAAACCACAUAGAAGAAGGUAUGGAUCAAAUAAACAAAGACAUGAAAGAAGCUGAAAAGAACUUGACAGAGCUUAAUAAGUGCUGUGGUCUCUGUGUCUGUCCGUGCAAUAGAACAAGGAAUUUUGAGACUAGUAAAGCAUAUAAGACAACUUGGGGUGAGAACUCUGAAAAUUCAGGUGAUCAUAUAAUAACCAGACAACCAGGACAAGCAGGAAAUUACCAACAACAGACCUCAGGAGGACCAGCUGGAGGAUACAUAAAGCGGAUAACAAAUGAUGCCAGAGAAGAUGAGAUGGAGGAUAACUUAACUCAAGUGGGGCACAUCUUGGGAAAUCUGAAGCAUAUGGCCUUGGAUAUGGGCAGUGAGAUCGAUUCACAAAACAAGCAGAUAGACCGGAUAAACGAGAAGGCUGAAACCAACAAAGACCGUAUUGACCAAGCCAAUACAAAAGCCAAAAAGCUUAUUGAGAACUGAUAGCCAUUGCCAGUUUUGAGUCAACUGAAAUCUUUUUUCAUUCUACAAAUAUCCUCAAUUUCCAAAGAGAAACAACUGUUCAGAAAAUGAAACAAAGCAGAACAUUAUUGUAUUGUACGUUUAGUUUGAAAAUCCAGGAAAAUAGCACAACAGAAGUGUAACUUUCUUAUUCAUGUUCGUAUCCUCAGGGCUUCAUUUUCCUUGGUUUUGUACUUUCUGUGAGAUUAGUCUUACUACCACCACCCCUUUUUUCUUUACUUUCCUUGUGGCAACUCAGAGAUGGAGUGCAAACUGACUGAUUAAAGGUAAAGAGGAUGCACUCACUAGAUUUAAUUACCUCACUUAAUACUACAUGUCAUCACUGAAUUGGUAGAUGAUUGGUUUUCAUGAAAUGUACAUAUUUGUAGAAAUUAAGUUUGCCCCUAUUUUUUCAAAAUAUUUGAUUUCAUUACCAAGUUUUCCAUGAUGGGGAAAAAUGAUAAUGGAUAUAUAAUAAAGUAUACUUCCAAGCCAUAGCUAUUCUAAUUUGCAUGCAAAUUAGGUAAGUAAACAUACAAAAAUGCAUAAUGCAUAAAUGUAACUCAGACAAAUUUAAACUUAUUUCCCACUUUUGUUUCCAAAACAUUGGACUUUCAAUCCUGAUUUCUUUUACUUCUUUCACAGAAACUGUGUAAGUUAGUGGGAUUAGAGGAAAGGGCAACUGAGACAGCUUAACAUGGAACAUGUUACACUUGAUCAUUUGGAAUCUCAUGAGAUUGCAAGAAAAUUAAUAUAUGUCUUUAUAUAAAUAUCCUGAAGUUUUGCCAUUUUUUUUAAAAAAAAUGUAUCUGUAGGUAUUAAUACUGCUGAGAUUGGUCUAUGAAAUCUCUAUAUGGAUCUUUUAAAACAUUUUAUCAAAAAUGUACAAACGUAUUUCAUAAAAAUGUUCCUUAU